AGCUUGGCUCCCCUCCAGGGUCCAGACCAGAUUUUAGCUGAUUUCCAUAACUGGGGUCUUAUAGGAAAUCAACACCACUGAAUAGUGGCGACUGGAGUUGUUUUUCCCCCUAGCAAAAAAAAAAAAGAAAAGAAGAGAAAACAAAGGAAAAAAAGGGAAGAAAAAAAUUGUACCGAGAGACAUCCCUGUUUGAGAGAAGCAUAGAGAAGAGUUGGUGACCUCCCGCAGACUAAGCACCUGAACUUUUGAUGUAAAUGCCUGAAUUUGAACCCCCGUUUAUUAGAUUCAUUUUACUGAUUAAAUUUACUGCAAAUGGUAAAGCAGACGCCCUGAGGGGAUUCAGAGUGUAAGAUUGCAGAGAAGUGACGCCCUGUGUGUAUCCAGAUGUUUCAUGUUUCCCCCCUGCGCGCUCUGUGGAGACGUCAGACCGCCGCGGAGGAGCGCUGAGGACUGCGAGCUUGCAGUCUGUAGCAUCAGAUCGGAUUAAACGCACCACAAUCUUCAUAUAAACUGUUUGGACUUUGAUCCAUGUUCUUGGUUCUGAAGAAUGGGGAGCAGCAAACUGAGAAGAGUGCUGCUUCUGCUCCACUUGCAUUUGCUGUGGUUGUUUGCGAUGUCUAUGCACGGACACUCUGCCCCGAAACGGGAGAAUGCAAUUGACCUUCUAGCAGCUCUAAACCUAUCUCAGCAGAGAAGUGGUGUUUCCAGACUACACAGUCCAAACGGCAUGAUUUAUAAAAUACGUCCCACAGCAGCUUACCUGAUCCUCCCUCAGGAAUACUCCAGCUUUUUGCACUCCAACUUUCAGGGCAGCAUUGGAGUGCAUUUGGUUGGACGUCAGGCAUCAGGAUCCAGUGCUACCCUCUUUUCUCUCUCCUCAGUGUCCUCACCUAUCCUCCAAAUCAUCUCCUCCUCCAUCAAUAAGUCCUUGCAUUUGGACUGCCACUCUGCUGAAGAAUCACUUGCCAGCUUUCAUUUUCCGAUGAGAAAUCCUGUCUCUGGGGGUGAAUGGGCACAGCUGGCCGUGAGCCUGGAGCCAGACAGAUUGGUGUUUUAUGCUGAUUGCCAAGAAGCGUUUGUUGUAGAAAUAAAAAAUGAAAAGAGGAUCAACUUGGACAUUCCACAUGAUGUUGUCAUUGCUCUUGGGAGCACACCAGCAAUAAAAGGCAGCAAAUUUAAUGGAUAUCUAAGGAUGGCCAAACUAUCAUUGAAAGCAUAUGUGAGGCGUCCGUGGAGCUGUGACAACAUUACAGAUAACCUGCCUCUGUCUCAUUACCAAGACACACAUGGUCCAAAUUUCCCAGCUGACCCCAGUCAAAUGUUCCACCAUGAUGCUUCACCCAGUAAACAAGAAACUAACCACAGGCCACAGGAGCAAACCGACUAUUAUCCCAGGGACAUCCAUGGAGACCAACAGCAGAGAAUUGCAGAGCUGGGGCCUCCAGAAUCUCCUCAUGGGAUAAAAUCCGUCUCUCAGAAGCAGACAACCGACAGGAUGGAGAAGCUAGAAAAGAGACUGGAGGAGUUGGCUCAUAUGCUGGGCAUGGUCAAAGCUCAGAAUAUGGAUCUACAAUCCCGUGUGAAAUACCUGGAAGGUUGUGAGUGCGUGAGGCGACAAUGCGUAUGGGAGGGCCGUGAAGUGGAGGAGGGCCAGCACUGGGAGACCGACCCCAACACUGUGUGUUUGUGUUCAUCUGGAAAGGUCACGUGCCAAUCCAGCAGCAGAAAUAAAGGUUGUACCCAUUCUGGUGUCGGGUAUGACCAUGGAGCCAAAUGGAGGUCAGCAGAGAAUGCCUGUGAUGUGUGCUCCUGUUUGGAGGGUCACGUUUGCUGUGAGAGGGAGCAGUGCAGCACCCUUUGUAAAUACCCUGCUGCUCCUCCCCUUAACACCUGUUGUCCAGUUUGUCAAGGCUGUGGUGUAAAUGGACAUGACUUCCCUAAUGGAGCUGUGAUUCCUACUGAUGACCCCUGUCAGGAGUGUACAUGUGAGAAUGGAAAUGUGGUGUGUUCACCACUUCGAUGCCCUACCUUCUCUUGUCGCAGCCCUGCGCAUCAUCCUGGUGAAUGUUGCCCUAGAUGUGAAGAGUGUGAAUUUGAGUCAGAGGUCUAUGUGAAUGGUCAGAAGUUCCCAUCUGUGUCCAACCCCUGCCUCCUCUGCCACUGCUCAGAAGGUGAGGUGUCUUGUGAGCGAAUGGAGGCCUCUUGUCCCACACCACACUGCAGUCAUCCAGCUAAGAAGAAAGGAGAGUGCUGUCCCACAUGCAAAAAGUGUGAGUUUGACAGAAGGGUGUAUGCUGAUGGAACAGUGUUUGUCCCCGCUGGGAGUGGACCCUGCCUGCAGUGCAGGUGUAAGGCCGGGAACGUAGUUUGCUCUAAAGAAAAAUGCCCUCCUGUACAGUGUUCCAAACCUGUCAUUGAUCCUCAUCUUUGUUGUCCAGUCUGCAAGGCAUGUGUGCUGGAGGGGGUAGAAUAUGAAAACGGUUCCAGUUGGCAACCAGAGGGUCCCUGUUCCAGUUGCACCUGCGUCAAUGGGGAGACUUUAUGUACACACAUGCAGUGCCCACCCACUGAGUGUUUGCAUCCAAGCAAGAUCACAGGUUCCUGCUGCAAAAUUUGUGAUAGCUGCACUUACAACCAUCGAGUUUACAGCAAUGGACAGAGAUUUACAACCCCCGACCAGCCCUGCCACAUAUGUACUUGUUUGCAUGGCAGCAUUCACUGUGAGAGACGAACAUGUCCUCCACUAAAUUGCACCAAUUCCUACACCCCUCCUGGAGAGUGCUGUCCUAAAUGUCCAGACUGCUCCUUUGAAAACCGUGUGUUUAUAAAUGGAGAGGCUUUUCCUAACCCUGUGAGUGUGUGUGAGGAGUGUACGUGUAAAAACGGAAGGAUUGACUGUCAUCAAAUGCACUGCCCUUAUCCUCGAUGUAAUGCCCCUCUACCUGGGACAUGCUGCCAGAAUAACUGCAAUGGCUGCAGCUACGCUGGGAAAGAGUAUCCCAAUGGACAGGACUUUCCCCAUCCAACAGACCAAUGCAGGACAUGCAGCUGCAUAAAUGGGAAUGUCCAAUGUCUAAUGAGGAGGUGUUCACCUCUACAAUGCUCCAGUCCUAAUAUCAUCCCUGGACACUGCUGCCCCCAGUGUCCCGAUCCUCCAUCCGACUGCAUGUUCGAGCAAAGGCCCUUCAGGCACACAGAGCAUUUCUACCACCCGAGUGACAGCUGCCGAACAUGCGUCUGCAACAACGGGACAGUUCGCUGUCAGCAUAAACCCUGCCCCUUUGCUCAGUGCUCUCACCCCAUCACACAGGACUGCUGCCGGACCUGCGAAGGCUGCUUGUACCAGGGUCGAGAGCGAGUCAGUGGUGAGACGUGGGAUAAUCCCUCAGACCCGUGUGGGUACUGUGUUUGUCACGAAGGUUCUGUGCAGUGUGAGAGGAAACUCUGUCCACCAUCCAACUGCAACCACCCAGUACCAACAGAGUGCUGCAUGUCUUGUGAUGGAUGCACAUUUCAUGGUAAAAAAUAUCCUGAUGGCGUUGAAUUUGCUGACGACAAAGACCCCUGUGGUGUGUGUUACUGUUAUGGAGGAGAUAUCACCUGCACUAAGUUACCUUGUUAUGAAGAUUGCAGCCACCCUUACAAACCAGCUGGGCAAUGCUGUGGAGAAUGUAAACGCUGCUUCUAUAAUAGUGUGGUCCUCAUCAAUGGACAGUCAAUUCCUGACCCAGGAAACCCUUGCUCUGAAUGUACAUGCCAGAGUGGUUCAGUGAGAUGUUCGAAGAAGCCAUGUCCAGCAGCUUUCUGUUCUUAUCCGGUCACCAACCCAUGUGGAUGCCACGUCUGUGAAGGUUGUCUUUUCCAGGGUGUUACGUAUUCUGACGAGCAGAUUUUUCCAGGAGGAGAACAAGGGUGUCAGGACUGCACAUGCUCAAGAGGUGAGGUGCUGUGCACAACCCGAAAAUGUCCUUCUGCACCAUGUGCACACCCGGCUCUGGAUGACUGUGCAUGUGGAGUGUGUGAUGGGUGUAACUUCAACGGGCGGGACUGUUACAAUGGAGAGCGAUUCCCACAUCCUGAAGAUCAUUGUCAGAUCUGCUCCUGUCUGAAUGGUGGUGUGGUGUGUGCCAAAACCUCUUGUCCAAGCAUUGCUUGCAGGCACCCAGUGACGCCUCCAGAAAAGUGCUGUCCUGUCUGCACGGGGAGGUGUUUCCAUCAGGGCGCGGAGCAUCAAUCCGGCUCCACCUUUACGUCACCCUCUGAUCCCUGCUCAACAUGUUCCUGUCUUAAUGAAAUGGUGACCUGUCAAAGGAGACCCUGUCCAGUUCAGUGUUUGCAUCCCAUCCCUUAUGAUACCUGUUGUCCUGCUUGUGAUUCCUGUCUCUAUGAGGGUGUUGUGCAUACUCAUGGUCACACCUUUCCAUCAUUAUCCAAUCCCUGUGAGCGCUGCACUUGUGUCAGAGGAACAGUUUCCUGUGUCCCUCUUAUCUGUCCAUCGACACCAUGCGAUCACCCCGUUACCGAGCCAGGACGGUGCUGUCCCGAGUGCACAGUGUGUGUGCUGAAUGGACACAAGUAUAAUGAUGGACAGACAUGGUCCCUAAGUUCAAAUUACUGCUCCACCUGUACCUGCCAGAAAGGUAAGGUGCAGUGUGCACCUCUGGAAUGUCCCAAGAUGCCGUGCCCUCACCUGGUGACAGAUCCUGGUUUCUGCUGUCCGCACUGUAGAGGUUGUGUGUAUAGAGGACACGAGCACGCAGAGGGCAGUAGCUGGUUUGCGGAUUCUUCCCACUGUAUGACUUGUAUGUGUGUGAAUGGAGUGACCACCUGCUCUGAGGUGCGUUGUGUAUCUCCAUGUGUCGACUUCAUUAUGAUGUCUGGGGAGUGCUGCCCAGUGUGUGCUGAUUGCACAUUUGACGGCAGAGUGUACAGUCCAGGGGACAGUUUCCAUCCAGCCAAUGAUCCCUGUCAGAUCUGCACAUGUGAGAUGAUGCAAGAUGGAAACCAAUACCUAAAGUGUUAUAGGAAGCAGUGUCCAAGUCUGGUGGACUGUCCCAAGAGCAAGAUCCUAUUUCCCGGACCAGAUUCCUGCUGUCCCGUCUGUGCACAGCCUCUCACUAAUUGUACAAGCACACUGAUUGGCAACGAGAUGCUGGCACAAGAUGACCCCUGCUUUACCUGCCAGUGCAAGGAUCUGACAUGGACGUGCCUGGAACAAACAUGUCCAGUGCUCAGUUGCCCUCAUGAUGAACAAUUCACUCCCCUUGAUUCAUGCUGCCCUGUGUGCAAAGAAUGCGUGAUUGAGGGUAAGGAUAGGCGCGUAGCUAGUGGCACCAGCUGGAAAGACAGUCAUGAUGAUUGUGUCACAUGUACAUGUAAUUUGGGCCACACUGAGUGCAGCAUUGAGGAGUGCCCUCCUGCAGUUUGUGCGAAUUGGCAAGCACAAGUAAAGCUUCCAGGAAAAUGCUGCAACGAAUGCCAAGAUUCAAAGGAGUCCUGUUUGUACCAAGGAACCAUGUAUCACUCUGACGAACAGUGGGAGGUGGAUGAAUGUACCAGUUGCACGUGUGUGUCGGGAGACGUCCACUGUCGGAGUGAACGUUGUCCUCCUCUCACCUGUGCAGCAGACGAGAUGCCUGCAGUCAUUCCAGGGCUGUGCUGUCCACAUUGCCUUUCUAGUCCAGCUACUUGCAUCACCUUUGGUGACCCUCACUACCGCACCUUCGAUGGACGCAUGUUUCACUUCCAGGGGACGUGCACGUAUAUCCUGGCGAUGGAUUGUAAAGGUGAAGACUUCCGCGUUCUUGUAACAAAUGAUGAUCGUGGGCGUAAAGGGGUGUCCUGGACCAAGGAGGUUACCAUCUCCAUAAGAGAUGUUGCCAUACAGCUGCUCCAAGAAUUUGUUGUGAAGGUGAAUGAAGAAGUUGUGACAUUGCCUUUUCUAAGAGAACCAUAUAUCUUUAUAGAACGGCAAGCCAACACUGUCCUACUCAACACUAACAUUGGAUUAAAGUUGUUGUGGAGACCCCGUUCACACCUGGAAGUGAGCCUUCCAGGCUCCUACAAGGGCCGCACCUGUGGCCUUUGUGGAAACUUCAACAAGUAUCCCCAGGAUGACCUCAAAAUGUCCACCGGCCAACUUACCCCAUCAGAGGCUGAAUUUGGCAACAGUUGGAGGAUGACAACCAGAAACCAUUCAGUCUCAUCCUGUCUUCCCGGAGAAGAUGUUGAUCCCUGUAAAAGUGCAGGAUACCAGGCCAGGAAGGGGGCCAAUGCCCACUGUAAAGUUCUCAAGUCUGCCGUCUUCAAGCCCUGUCACCGCGUUGUUCCACCUGAACCAUGGUACGGCGCCUGCGUCUAUGACCUCUGUGCUUGUGGGGCCAAUGCUGACGAGUGCCUGUGUGACGCAUUGGAGGCCUAUGCCAGCCAGUGCAGAGAAGCAGGGGUCAUCCUACAGUGGAGGAGCACAUCACUGUGUGCUGUGGGCUGUCCUGUGGAGAGGGGUUUUGUAUUUGACGAGUGUGGCCCACCGUGCCCCGUAACAUGCUUUAAUGUUGACGUACCACUGGGGGUGAUAGAGAGUCACUGCUUCAAGCCCUGCGUGCCGGGCUGCCAGUGUCCUGCUGGUCUGGUUCUCCAUAACAACUACUGCAUUCAGCCAGAAAAGUGCCCCAAGAUCAUUCACGACAGCACUUUGUAAUGCUCAGACUGCUCGGUUACAGAGGAAUGCCCGCCCAUAUGCACAAAGGCACAUUCUGCUGUUUCUGUGUUGACCUUAAAUCAUAUGUGACAAAAUGUAUGGGUGCUUUGUCAAAGGAUGUAAACAAAAUGGCUGAAGAUAAAAUGUUUUUAUAACCAGCACUGAGUAUUUAAACCACGAAUAUUUUCCCUACUUAUGGUCACACAUCUAUGAGGUAUUUUCAGUGAGUAUGCAAAAGUAUUUUUAACAAUAAUAAAAGCACUUGUUUACGAUGAGGUUAAAAAUGUGCAAUGUCUGACUGUAUGUACAAUAGGCUGCAUAAUCUCAGAUUCACUUUGUUUUAUAAUUCUCAAAUAAAUAAAAUUUCUAUUAUUA